AUGUUUAAAGUUUUUAGAUCACCCAAAUCCAUUCCCGACUUCUUCCUCACCCUUCCGCCGGCCGGCCGCCCGCUCGUAGUCAGUCAGUCAGUCACAGUCAGUCAGUCGUAGGUCAUCCAUCCCCUCCUUGGCCCCGAAGAUCUAGCGACUGAAAACGGACCCUCUUCUGCGCAGAUCGCAGCCACCGACCGGAACAACCUCGCCAGCCGUCUUUCUCACUCUUUAAUCAAGAAAGAACAACCUGGAUUGUGUGAACCUGACCCGAAGAUAAUAUUCUAUUUUGGAAUAGAGAUAGUAGUGCAAGCACGUUUUGGUAGAAACUAGAAGCAGUUAAAAGUGCAAUAAAGAAAUGGCUUUGAGGGGCACCUUGGGAAUGUCAGAUGGGGAGCUCAUGCGAUCGGACUGUAAACCCUGUUCACGGUUAAUGAGGCACACUGCUGGCAUAUAUUCUUUUGGUGGAGCAAUGGGAUUUUGGAUCCUUUGUCGUCUGCAUUACGGUUUUAGAAUGACAGUUCCUAGGACCUUCAGAUGGGCAGGUGUUGGAGCUGUGACGGUGAGCUCCACCACAGCUCUGUUGGUUCGCCUCUUUAGUGCAGAAUGUGAACCUCAGAACAUUGCUGCAUAUGACAACAAGAAAUAGUUUUCGAGGAUGGUGGCAGCUAUGAAUGAACCCCAUCAAGAUCCCAAGUCUUUUUCCUUUGAUGCAGCUUACUACUUGUCUUCCUAUGAACCCGCCAAAACCAGUCUUUUCCUUUGGAACAUAUUUAAGAUGUUAAUGCGACAAGAUUACUGUUAUUUGUAAUUGAACUAAAAAUGGCAUUCAAGUGGUUAAAUAAAUUUGUCAAGUGCAUACGCUGGUGC